AUGGUUGAUGAAUCAGCAACUAGGACUGUUGCUGGACCAACUAAAGGCACAAAUGUCUUGGUGUCCAAAGCAGAAACAGCCUCAACUUCCCAGAAACCCAAAAAACUGGAGGAAAAUUUGACUGCAGGAGGAGUUGUGACGCAAGAAAAGGUGGAAGAAACAGCUGCAAAAGCCAUAAAUGUGCCAUCCAAAUCUAUGGCUUCAGAAAAUCUCCCUGAUGUAGAGACGUCCAAGUCUAAAGAAUUUGAAACAACGGCUCUAGAACCUGUAGUGGUGCUGGAAGACACGGCCAAAGUUGUUGAAACAGGAAAUGUGACAGUUUCUGAAUUGAAGCACCAAGCAGAACUUGCCAAGGUUGAUGUUGAGGUGAAAGAGGCCAAAGACACUGAACCAAUGGAGUUUGGGGUAACAGGAGUUGAAGUUGCAGAGACCAUGGAAGUUAAAAGUUGUGCUGAUAAAGGGGAAAAACAGUCAAAUCCAGAGGCUGUACCAGCCAAAUCCAGUGAGAGUCCACCAUCAACCACUACAGAUGAGACCAGACCAGAUUUGUCUCCGCCUAAACCUUCUACUGUUCCAUCUCAAACCACAGAGGGAGUUCCUAAGCCUUCAGCCAUUGAUACUCAGAGUCCUCAGACCAUCAUUAGAACUCCAGAAACCUCUUUCAAAGCUUCAUCACAAGUCCAGCAAAGUACUCUGCCAGAACCAGAAUCAUCUGUACAAGGGCUGGAGACCAAGACAAAUGCUUCACAAAUGCAGCAGCAGGCUGCAUCAAACUCAACUGAAGCUGCUGUAGAGGCAAAGUUGACUGUCGAAGGAGUGGAGACAAAAACAACGCAAAAAG